CAUUAGUCGAGACCAAUGCAACCCGCUCAAGCUCAAGCUGCGACGUUCUCAACCUGCCUGAUGCUGGUCUCUCUUUACUGCAAAUCAACGUUGGACUGUGCCUGCACCUCCUUGGAGUGCACAAGUAUUAUUAUAUUGACGCUGAACCCCGUGUGCUCUAAUACAAUUAAUGUUUAUGGAUAUGAGCACCUUCAAAUGAUUGUAUACGGACUCACAUGGCCAGCAGGUUGCUGCUGUGGAGCAGAGAAAGUUGAGACCCCGACUGAACAGAAGGUUUCUGUAAGAGUGUCACUGGCAAGGAAUCCCAAGGUAGCCUUGUCUUCCCAGAAGAGCCACCCCUGUGAGCGUUGUGGGCUCGUCUUGAGAAACAUUUUCCACUUGACUGAUCUGCAGAGAACACAACACGGACAGAUACUGUUGAGGUGUGGCGCAUGUGCAAAACCGUUUUACUGCUGUGUAAAAUUUCACCAACAGCACGUGAGAGACUUUCAAUACAGGUGUGGACAGGAUCUCAUUUGCAAACAGCUGCAAUUUCAAUGUAUCACAGAAUCGUUUCACAUGUGGGGAGGUUGGGCAUGGUGUCUUUAACUGGUCAGGACAUCUCCACCUAAAGAGUACUCAGACCAGGGACAGUCCAACUGCAAUUUUGACGUGUGGGAUGACGUUUCAAAGGUGAAAAAAUGAUUACACCAGAAAAAAAUGUAAGGAAGACAUUAGUUUUACCCACAUGUUUAUUCUGGGAAAAGGUGUCUAUGUUGGAAGUCAGUGUUUUGAUAGCUGUGAAUGUGGAAAAAAUGUUACCAAAUAUUCUAGCUUUCAUUAUCAACAGCAAGGUCACAAUGGAGAAAGGCCUUCUCAGUGUAGUGAAUUUGGGAAAGCUUUUAGCAGUCGUAACAGCCUAGGUAAUCACAAAGCUUUGCACACUGGAGAAAGGCCUUAUGAGCUCAGUGAAUGUGGAAAAACUUUUACCGGUAGCAGUGUCCUCCAUUAUGAGCAUAGAGUUCACACAGGAGAAAGGCCUCAUGAGUACAAUGAGUGUGGGAAAUCUUUUACCAGUAACAGUAUUCGUCAUUGUCAUCGGAGAGUUCACACUGGAGAAAAGCCUUAUAAAUGCAGUGAAUGUGGGAAGGCUUACAGCACUAACAGUCAUCUUUAUUGUCAUCAGAGACUUCAUACAGGAGAAAAGCCUUAUCAAUGCAGUGAAUGCGGAAAAUGUUUUACCUCUAAAGGCAUCCUUCAUCAACAUCAGAGAGUUCAUAUGGGAGAAAAGCCUUAUAAAUGUAGUGAAUGUGGAAAAGCUUACAGCACUAGCAGUAAUUUUUGUCGUCAUCAGAGUUCAUAUGGGAGAAAAGCCUUAUAAAUGUAGUGAAUGUGGGAAAUCUUUUACCCAGAAUACUAGACUUCAUAGUCAUCAGAGAAUUCACACUAGAGAAAAACCUUAUCAAUGCAGUGAAUGUGGGAAAUCCUUUACCCAUCGCAUUGCCCUUCAUAAUCAUCAGACACUUCCUACAGGGGAAAUGCCUUAUAAAUGCAGUGAAUGUGGAAAAUCUUUUAAAGGGUGCAAUGCUCUCCAAUAUCAUCAGAGAGUUCACACUGGAGAAAAGCCUUAUGACUGCAGUGAAUGUGGAAAAUGUUUUACAAAUAUCAGUGGUCUCCAAUAUCAUCAGAGAUUUCACACUGGAGAAAAGCCUUAUCAAUGGAGUGAAUGUGGGAAAUCUUUUACCCAUGGCACUGCCCUUCAUAAACAUCAGAGACUUCAUACAGGGGAAAACAUGGAGACAAAGGCUGUCUUUAGUCCAGGGAUGUGGCUUUUUUGGGUUUGGGUGAAAGUUCUUCAUUGUUUGUUACAUUUUCUGUCAUUGAGAUGAGACUCUCACCCAGAGGGCAUAAGUAGGGGGAUUGAAUAUAGAGUUAUCAAACCUGUUCAUCCAGAAUAGCUGAACUUAUAUUUGUUUUCUCUUGGACCAUUGAUAAAAACUGUAAUGAGUAAAUUACAUGUGUUGGCUAUAGUGUUUCAUAAAUCUUGACAUGUGCAUGAAACUGAAGCCAUCAUUACAAAUUCAUAGUGCUGACCAUGUCUGUCUGCGUAAUUGGUUCAUAACCACUUUUAAUCUAUCCCUGUUCUUCACAGAUUUCCUAGUUUCCAUGGAUUUACAUUCCAUUUUCAUAGAGAACUUUAUUUUUCUAAGUAUUUUUGUGCUUUAAUUUAUGUUUCAGAAAUACUUGGAGAUUAAGUAAAGUUACAUUAAUAAUGCAUCUCUAUGGUGGGGGUUGACGACAAAUAUGUGAUACCUUAAUCAAUAAAGCAAUUAAAAAAUAA